AUUACUAUGGAAAUAAAUUAAAAUCUUAUAAAAAUCUGUCUUCCCGCUGAUUCUGUUGGAAGUUCGACGGAUAACUUUCUGCACAUUUUCCACAGAUUUAUAUGAAAAUUUGCAGUAUAGUAUUUUACGGGCCUUAAGACUUUGUGCGGUAUAUCUUGCCCCACUUGCCUUCAAUAUUUCGCUUCACCUGAUUUUGUUAUCGCACUGUGUGGGCUCAGGCUCUCCUGGGGCUGUGUAUCGGAUUCCCUCAGGAUUUUGAUCUCGGAUCCAACAUUCUCGUUUGAAUACUGAUAAUUAGUUGGCCAGGAUAACCAGCUCCAAUUGCGCUGCAUCGAAGUGGCUGUAGGUUUCUGCAGUAUCCCUGAAAGCUACGCAGGUGCGGAUUGCUCUUGUUUCUCCGAGGGAAUUCACUAUGAGUAUGGAAUACAGCAUGCCUCAGCUGGUGCCGAUCCCCAACGUAGAGAUGUUGGGCCAGGAGAAUACCAUUCCCAUGCAGGAAGAUGCCACCGUGACAUUCGAUCCGCGUACCCAUCCCAUGCCUGCAUUCUGGUGUUCCAUCAGUUACUACGAGAUGAAUGAUCGCGUCGGGGAUAUCUUCCACGCAUCACAACCGCUGCUGGUGGUGGAUGGAUACACGCAUCCGUCCAGUGCGGAUCGUUUCUGCCUGGGCCUGCUGUCCAAUGUCAAUCGCAAUGUCGAGGCUGUGGAGCCAGCACGACAGAAUAUUGGUAAAGGCAUUCGCUUGAGCUAUAGCGAAGGAUCGGUGUUUGCCGAAUGUUUGAGUGAAAAUGCGGUGUUCGUGCAAAGUCGUCAGUGCAAUGAGCGCUACGGAUGGCAUCCCGCGACGGUUUGCAAAAUUCCACCAGGCUGUAAUCUAAAGAUUUUUGAUGAUCAUGAAUUUGCCACCAAACUAAUGGAAUCGGUUGUGGAAGGUUUCGAAUGCGUGUAUAAAUUGACUCAGAUGUGCACAAUAAGGCUGAGCUUUGUCAAAGGCUGGGGCGCCGACUAUCGUCGUCAGACAGUAACCAGCACACCGUGCUGGGUGGAAAUCCACCUUAACAGUCCACUGCAGUGGCUGGACAAAGUUCUCAUCCAGAUGGGUUCUUCCCGUGCUCCCUGUUCCAGCCGUUCUUGAGAUGCUGCUGCUAGAUCUGAAUGGAUGUCACUCUCGUUAUUCCCGAUGCUGCUUUUCACGCCGAAAGAAAUAGGUAAAUUUUGCAGUUUUUAUGCGAUUGGUUGCUGCUGUUCUCGCUUUUGAUUGCUUUCGAUUGCCCAGUAUUUUAGACAAUAUUUUGCUCGUUGCCAGUUGUUACGGAAUAUUUUGAACAGUUAUUGUUAUUCUGUUUUUUGUCUUGUGUAUAUUUAAAGAUAAUUCAGUGGCUUGAUGAUACAUAUAUUUCACUUUGAUGAAUCAAAACGAUCUACAUUUGUAAUAAAAAUCACUUCUGCCAACGU